UCCGUAAAGAGCGCUUCUGGAGAAGCACAUGGUCUCGUUAACGAAAGACAACACUUCGUCUGUAAAUUCCUUUUUGGAGGAACUCCCUAACUGUUGUCAUCGGAAGGAAAAUAAACGACCACGACUACCUAUUUCAAUGUAGUGAAUGACACGUUUACUGGUCAAAUUGCGGGGCUUCUCUCCAAAGUGCUUGAUGCGCUUUUAACAUCGUUGGAUGUAAAGUCUGUUACAGGGGAGUCGGAGGUUGCUGGGGUGGAGCGGGUGAGGACUGAGAAGGAUUUCCUAACCGUCUCUCUUUCCUCUUGAUCAUAUUUCAUGAAGUCAUUUGGGUGUUACACAUCAGCUGUUCCACUGUAUUUUAUGGUCGUGCUGCCGUGAGACAGUUGGAUAGUCUCGACCCGUUCAUCCGCUGCCGUACACCCGCACAAUGACCUACCAGCGGACCUCCGGGAGUCAGACCUACGGGAGUCAGACCUACGGGAGUCAGAAGUUUACCGUGUUUUUGAUAGCUCUUCACGUCUUGUCAAUUACAAUAUGCUCCGGUGAAGAUGUGCGCUCCUCCAACAAGACCACUGAAGGGAGACCACUUACUACAACCAAUCAGCAGAGGUCUACCGCCAAACUGAAACACUACGGGACAACUGUACCUCUCCUCUUGGUCGGAGAAGAAUGGAGACCAGUCACUCUGCUCCAAUCACAGGGCCAUCCUGCGUCUCUGAAGGUGCUGAUAGAAACAGAGGAGGAACAGCUGCUCCUGAUUCUGGAGAAAAACCAUGGUCUGUUUGCCAGUCACUACACAGAAACACACUACCUGGAAGACGGCAGCGCGGUCACCGGCUCUCACAACCUCACGACAAACUGCUAUUACCACGGAAUGGUGCAGGGACACAUCUAUUCUGACGUCAGCCUCAGUACCUGCUCAGGUCUCAGUGGCUUCAUCUCACUAGAAAACAGAUCCUACGUGUUGGAGCCGUCAACGGAUCCCUCCAGUGGAUCCCACAGGAUCUACCGGUCAGAACAGCUCCACUUCACACCUGGCUUGUGUGGCCAUGGCUUCAACAUAUCGCUGGUUCACGGAGACAGCCAGAACAGCCACAACCAAUCAGACAGCCCCUUCGGAGCCUUCAGCACCAGGCAGAGGAGACAUACCCAGAGCACCACCAAGUAUGUGGAGCUGAUCAUCGUAGCUGACAACAGAGAGUUCCAGAAACAAGGGAAGGAUGUGGAGAAGGUCAAACAGAGGCUGGCUGAGAUCGCCAAUUACGUGGACAAGUUCUACCGUGCCCUGAACAUCCGUGUAGCUCUGGUGGGGUUGGAGGUGUGGAGCGACCAGGACAGGUGUCCAAUCACCCAGGACCCCUUCACCACCCUGCAUGAGUUCCUGGACUGGAGGAAACUCAAACUGCUGCCCAACAGGCCCCACGAUAAUGCACAGCUAGUCAGUGGGGUGUUCUUCCAGGGUACCACCAUCGGCAUGGCACCCAUCAUGAGCAUGUGUACAGCAGAGCAGUCUGGAGGCAUCGUCAUGGAUCAUUCGGACAACCCCCUGGGAGCAGCGGUUACUCUGGCCCACGAACUCGGGCACAACUUUGGAAUGAACCAUGACACCCCAGAGCGGGGGUGUGGCUGCAGGGUGACGGUGGACCGAGGAGGCUGCAUCAUGACUCCCUCUACAGGGUACCCAUUCCCUACAGUAUUCAGCUCCUGUAGCAUAAAGGAUCUCUCUGCCAGUCUGGAGAAGGGCGUUGGGAUGUGUCUGUUCAACAUGCCUGAGGUCAAGGUUCUCUACGGGGGACAGAAGUGUGGCAACGGAUACGUGGAGGAAGGAGAGGAGUGUGACUGUGGAGAACUGGAGGAGUGUAUGAACCCGUGCUGUAACUCUACAACCUGUACUCUGAAGGGGGAUGCUGUGUGUGCUCACGGACAGUGCUGUCAUGACUGCCUGCUGAAAGCAGCGGGAACCCCGUGCAGGGAUUCCAGUAACUCAUGUGACCUGCCAGAGUUCUGUACCGGCGCCAACCCCCAUUGCCCUGCUAAUGUGUACCUGCAUGACGGGCACGCCUGUCACAACGUGGACGGACACUGCUACAACGGGAUCUGCCAGACACACGAGCAGCAGUGCAUCACUCUCUGGGGUCAGGGAGCCAAGCCCGCCCCAGGGAUCUGCUUUGAGAGAGUCAACUCGGCAGGAGAUCCCUACGGGAACUGUGGGAAGGACUCCAGGGGAUCCUUUGCCAAGUGUGAAGCUCCAGAUGCUAAGUGUGGCAAAAUACAAUGUCAAGGAGGAGCCAACCGGCCAAUAAUAGGCACCAAUGCCGUCUCCAUAGAAACCAACAUCCCCCUCCAAGAGGGGGGCCGAAUCCUGUGCCGGGGGACCCAUGUCUACCUGGGGGACGACAUGCCUGACCCAGGCCUCGUCAUGUCGGGCACAAAGUGUGGCGACGCCAUGAUGUGUCUGAACCGGCAGUGUCAGAACGUCAGUGUCUUUGGAGUGCAGGAGUGCUCAGAGAAAUGCAGCGGUCGAGGGGUGAGUAACGUCACGGUGGCAGUGCAUGAGAUAGGCCACGUCCUGGGCCUGCCUCACAUCUACAGGACUGGCUCCAUUAUGCAACCCAGUUACCUGCCCCAGGAAUCAGGCUUCGAGAUCAACUGGAUGGACAGGAAGUCCAUACAGCACCUCUAUGGGGGCUGUAAGGGUCAGUUCAACACAGUGUUUGACUGGAUCAGGAAGGAGAGAACCCAGUACGGUGAGGUGGUGAUUCGUUUCAACACCUACUUCAUGAGGGACGGCUGGUACUGGCUCUAUGAGAACAGGACCAACCGGACCCGCUAUGGUGACCCGGUGGCUCUUCAGGUGGGCUGGCGCGGCAUUCCCUCCGACGGGGUAGACGCAUGUGUUCACGUGUGGAACAGGAACACUGAUGCUGUCUACUUCUUUAAAGGCACCCAGUACUGGAGGUAUGACGAUGACAAUGACCAGGUGUUUACAGUGGACCCUGAGGGACACCUCUACCCUAGACUCAUCUCUGAGGGGUUCCCAGGGGUGCCCAGUCCUAUAGACACAGCCUUCUAUGACAGGAGGGACUACCACAUCUACUUCUUCAAGGGCACUUAUGUGUAUGCGUUCGACUUGACAGCCACCCGCGUGUCCCCAGGCUUCCCCAGGAAGAUUACCGCUGUGUUCCCAGCAGUAGUGUCUGGGGAUCACCGCGGUAGCAUAGACGCCGCCUACUUCUCCUACACGCACAACGCUGUCUUCCUGUUCAAGGAUACGCAGUUCUGGAGGGUGGUGGGGAGGAGCAGAGACCGCUGGAGGAGACCGGCGCUGCCACACAACGGCCUGCUGCCACACAGGAAGGUGGAGGAACAGUGGUUUGACAUUUGUAACGUUCACCCCUCGGCCCUGAAGGUGGCCCGUCGCUGAGAGGGGGGGGCUAUGAGGAUUCUGUGUAAUGGCUACUCCUACCCCGGUCAACAGCACUGCACCCCCAACAGCAACUCGCCCAAGCCUUCCCCAUUUCUCCUUCUCCCAAAUCCGUUCAGCUGAUGUUCUGAAAGAGCUGAAAAAUUGGACCCCUACAAAUCAGCCGGGCUAGACAAUCUGGACCCUUUCUUUCUAAAAUUAUCUGCCGAAAUUGUUGCCACCCCUAUUACUAGCCUGUUCAACCUCUCUUUCGUGUCGUCUGAGAUUCCCAAAGAUUGGAAAGCAGCUGCGGUCAUCCCCCUCUUCAAAGGGGGAGACACUCUUGACCCAAACUGCUAUAGACCUAUAUCUAUCCUACCAUGCCUUUCUAAGGUCUUCGAAAGCCAAGUCAACAAACAGAUUACCGACCAUUUCGAAUCUCACCAUACCUUCUCUGCUAUGCACUCUGGUUUCAGAGCUGGUCAUGGGUGCACCUCAGCCACGCUCAAGGUCCUAAACGAUAUCUUAACCGCCAUCGAUAAGAAACAUUACUGUGCAGCCGUAUUCAUUGAUCUGGCCAAGGCUUCCGACUCUGUCAAUCACCACAUCCUCAUCGGCAGACUCGACAGCCUUGGUUUCUCAAAUGAUUGCCUCGCCUGGUUCACCAACUACUUCUCUGAUAGAGUUCAGUGUGUCAAAUGGGAGGGUCUGCUGUCCGGACCUCUGGUAGUCUCUAUGGGGGUGCCACAGGGUUCAAUUCUUGGACCGACUCUCUUCUCUGUAUACAUCAAUGAGGUCGCUCUU